UAUAAUUUCAUUAGGAGCGUUUCUUUAACUGUUAGCAGUAAAAAACAACAUGGGUCUUAAAGGAACGCUAGCGUUUUUGUUGGUGAUAGUUUCGACGACGCUCGCAAUUCAAGAACGACCCUGUGAAAAGUACGGGGAAUACAUCCGUGACGUCACAAACCGAUGUUUUUACUACCGGUGCAUGAGUGACCUGUCGUCUGUUCGCCGUCCCUGCGCCCCCGGAACCACUGUACCCGACGACUAUAUUGGAGACUACGAAUCCAACCCACAAGAUGCCAACCCCUGCCACGGACCGAACUUGCCGUGCGGAGGCACGUGGACCCCCUGGUCAGAAUGGGGCGAAUGCAGCGUCACGUGCGGUGGCGGCGUGCAAUAUAGAACUCGCUCGUGUCCUGCAGGCGGCUGUACUGGCCCUAGCGAAAUGAGCCGGGCCUGCAAUACGGAUCCUUGCACUACCAUCGGUCCGUGGAGCGACUGGAGCGCGUGUUCCACCACGUGUGGGACAGGCACCCAGACACGCACGAGGACGUGCAGCGGCGACUGUGCGGACGUUGUGACGGAGGAGACGAGGGACUGCACCGAAAACAUAUUCUGCGUGGACCCCUGGUCGGACUGGUCGGAGUGCUCGGUGAGUUGCGGGGUGGGCGGUACCAGGACCAGAACCAGGACUUGUGUAGGCAACUGUGAGGGCGUGUCCGUCACCGAAACCGAAGACUGUAAUGCCGACCCGCCAUAUUGUGUCAGUGACUGGAGUGAGUACGGAGACUGUUCUGUGACCUGUGGUAUUGGAGGAACGAAGAUCAGAACCAGAGUUUGUACAGGAAUUUGUGACAAUGUUGCGACACAAGAAAGCGAGAGUUGUGCCGCUGAUCCACCAUAUUGCGUGACUGACUGGACUGAGUGGGGAGACUGUUCCGUCACCUGCGGUGUUGGAGGAACAAGAAUCAGAACCAGAGAGUGUACCGGAAUUUGUGACAAUGUUGCAACACAGGAAAGCGAGAGCUGUGCCGCCGAUCCACCAUAUUGCGUUGGCCCGUGGUCCGAUUGGGGCGACUGCUCCAUCACUUGCGGGGUCGGUGGAACACAGACUAGGAGCCGCACUUGCGACGGGGACUGUGACGGCGUGUCCACUGUGGAGUCCCGAUCAUGCGACGCCGAUCCACCAUUCUGUCUCGGCCCGUGGAGCACAGACGUGGAAACCCCGUGCUCCGUUACCUGUGGCAACGGCACCAAAACGCACACCCGUAUCUGUAUCGGCAACUGUGACAACGUGGUCACGGAAGAGGUCAGGCCAUGUGUCACCGGAGUGCCAUGUUUCCUAUGGACAGAUUGGCUCAACAAGGAUACGCCCGACACCAUUGAUGGAGGAGAUCCCGGCGGCGAUGGCGACUAUGAGAUUGAUCUGAAUGACCCAUGCGGUAAAGGCAACUUCGCAGCCAUGAAAGCCGAGUGUCGCACCGUGGGCACACACAUCCCGCACUACGAAAUGUACGUCGGCGUCGAUCCCACCCCCCUCGUGGUCCCCUGUUUGAAAAUCCCCAUGGGGCUUGUGUGCGCCAACAAUAACGUGCCAAACGGGACCUGUGCAGACUUCGAAGUGCGUUUCUUGUGUCCGAACAACGAGGCCUUCCACGCUCGUUCUCGUGCUUUCGCCACAGUUAUUGAGGGAGGCCCUCCAUAAAAAGUCAAUGUGCAGAGCAUGUCGCCGUAUUGAAUUCGUACUUCGAGUGUUAGUAUUAUUGUAAUAAUUUUUUUUCGGAAAUUUUUGCGCCUAAACAUAUGGUAUAAGUUUAAAUCUGAAAGAAGUAAUAAGUGACAAAAUAGUAAACGACAGUGGUCUAUUUUCAGUUAGAUUUAUGAACAUAUCUUAACAGACGCUUUUUUUAAUUUUUUCCAAGAUCUAAGCAAUAUUACAUCUGGGCCGACAUGCGUUUUGAGAUUUGUGGUACCUAACUUGAAUAAACUAUUUUUCUUUA